UAAAAAUUUCCAGCGAUGUUCCACAGCAGCAAGCAACGAAAUAUGCUUUUCAAAAGCGAGUCAGACAUACAGGAAAUCAGGAACAAAGUUAAUCAAAACUUCAGAGAUUCCAAUCAAGAGUGUUCAGAAUUCUUCAUCUCUCCUGAGGAUGAACGUUUACUUUGCAGAAAGUUUGAAAGAGAACUGCUUCGAUUUUGUAAUGUAUUUGAGGAACCACCACUUUUCCGAAGCAUCAAAUGCACAGCCAUGAACUUUCUUAAAAGGUUCUAUCUGAAACACUCUGCCAUGGAGUUCUAUCCCCAGAAUGUCAUGCUGUUGUGUGUGUAUUUUGCUUGCAAAGUUGAUGAAUACACCAUUGGCAUUGACAAGUUUGUUUCGAUGUUGGAAGAAAGUCUACAAUUUGAAACUGGCUCAUUCAUCCUUGGAAAUGAGUUCCUACUUAUGGAGGCAUUAGACUAUUCUCUGACUGUGUAUAAUUCUUAUCGUCCUUUGGAUGGCUUUUUAAUAGAGUUAGAACACAAACUUUCUAAAGAAUCAGCUGACUGUCUGAAAAGCCAUGCCUUGUCUUUCAUUAAUGAUGCCAUUUUAACUGAUGCUACCUUAAUUUAUUCCCCAUCCCAAAUUGCUCUAUCAUCUCUGGUUUACAGCUCAGAACAGAACAAAGUGGAGAUAGGAGGCUACAUAAAGUCACUUACACCAGAUACUGUCACACACAAUAAGCUGAUAGCUACUGUAACAAAGAUCAGACAACAUCUUCAACUCAAUUACAAAUUUCAAAUCAGCAGUUCUAAAUUGAAGGAACUAGAAGCUAAAUGUGGAGCAAUCAGCAAAAGCCUUGAAAUUGACGGUGAUGAGGGAUCGUCAGCAGAUGAGAGACAACAACAACAACAACAACAGGGGGAAAGAAUUUCGAAACGUCGUAAAACUCUUGAAGAAAUGGAAACUGAACUAUUAUCUUGAAGUCUGUCUUACUUUCUAGGAAUAAUCCUGUGUUAUUUAUAAAAUGUUAAAGAACGAAUCAACUACAACGAAACUUCAUACCUAGAACCAGUUUGAUCCCAAAAUAUCGGAAAUUGUUGGGCGUUAAUAAGUUUUAAAAUUACAUAAUGAUUUUGAGCGUCUACUGCAACAGAUGGUAUAGCCCAACCAUUCUGGUUCUAAUUUGGUCCUGGUUUAGCAAAACUGGUCCAGAAUUAGUGUUUUUGCUACAUAGUUUCUUCGUCAGAUUUGACCUUUUAAAACCUUUUUACCUUAAUUUAUUCUAUAUUUGUUAUCGAUUGUAAUUAGAGGAUGCCAUUUCGAAUUAACGCAAAGUUUUUGUUU